CGUCAAUCAAUAACUUCAGUCCAACAUCGCUUCAUCGUUCGGUUCAAAAUUAAUUGUACAAAAAAUACCCUUAAAAAUAAUACAAAUACAAACAAACUAACUAAAACACUGCAUUAACCUUUUCGCUCGUAAAAUAAGUAACAAAAAUUCGAUCCCAAACGAAAGAAAUUCAUCGAAUUGUCAGCUAUACAGCAAGUGGAGAAACUUAUAGACCUAAACCUAGUGGAAAUCGGUCAAAAUGCCUAAUCCAAGGAUACCCUGCGAUUGUGACGAGAACAAGGAUACCGAUGAGUGGGGUGAUCCGCCUGAAGAGACUUCGCGUCUUGCUAGGGUGGAUUUGAGACCUCAUCACACCACUCCCUACAUACUCUACAAGGAGUGGAUUAAGGCUGCAGAAGACGCAGGUCUAACUAGAUGUCAAACGCAGGUGUUCUCUUUGGCCACUGUUUCAAGAUGUGGAGAUAUAGGCAACAGAAUGAUGCCAUUAAGGGAAUUCAGGAAUAACAUGUACAUAAUAACGAUCAGCUCGUACAGUACAACAUUCCAACAUUUCAAAGAAACUCGAAAAUGCACCAUGCUCUUCUACCUCGCUUACUUCAAAUACAGGACGUUUUUCCUUCGCCAGAUAAGAAUCGACUGCAAAGUGAAGAGAUUGUGCAGCGGUAUCACCGAGCUCUACCACGACAAAGAGAAGCUGGCGGGCAAAGUAAGAUAUGAAAUUUGCAAAUCGGGCCAAUUGGUCGAUUGGGAGGCGCUGAAGAAGCAAAACGACCGGACGGUGAUCAAAUACAGAUGCGGUAAAACCGAACUCAAGAUGCCCGAUCAUUAUGUUGGGUACGCAUUAAUUCCUCAUAAAUACGAAUUCCUCCACACCGAGGCCGGGGACUACAUUCCGGACAGGGUUACAUUCGAGAAGAACUGCGACUGCGGUUGGGCGAUACGUAGAAUAAUGGCCUGAUCUCUAGUAGCCUUCGUAGUAUGUAAUUUUCGCUUGUGUAUAACCGGAAUGGAUUGAAUUGAG